GUCAGCUUGGAGUCCUGCAGGCGAGAGCGGUGCAGAGGACCCGGUGCUCCCUUCCCCAGCUGUGGCUGAGGGGUCUCCCUGCAGAGAUGCAGCCGCUCCUGGCCUUGGCAGGGAUCUUAGCCAUGCUUACCCUCACCCAGCUCUGUGAGGGCACCACCCCAGCUUCCCCCAGUGCAGUGAAGACCUCGGUCCUUCAGGACUGCAUAGCAGAGGCCAAGUUGCUUGUGGAUACUGCCUACAAUCAGACCCAGAAGAGCAUCAAGCAGCGCCUUCGCAGCGGCUCGGCCAGCCCCAUGGACCUCCUGUCCUACUUCAAGCAACUAGUCGCGGCCACCAGGGCAGUUGUUCAGGCUGCCGAUUAUGUGCAUGUCACCUUGGGGCUGCUGGAAGAGAAGUUACAACCCCAGGGGUCCAGACUCUUCAAUGUCACCGAUGUGCUAACGGAACGCCAGCUGCAGCUGCUGUCCCAGGCCAGUGGCUGUGCUCUCCAGGACAAGAAAGAGAAGUGUAGUGACAAGUACCGCACCAUCACGGGGAGGUGCAACAACAAGAAGAUACCCUUGCUGGGGUCCUCCAACCAGGCCCUGGCCCGCUGGCUGCCAGCCGAGUAUGAGGACAGACUGUCGCUCCCUUUCGGCUGGACCCCUGGCAAGAGGCGCAAUGGCUUCCGUCUCCCUCUUGUCCGAGAAGUCUCCAACCAGAUCGUGCGCUUCCCCAGUGAGAGGCUGACCUCCGACAGAGGCCGGGCCCUCAUGUUCAUGCAGUGGGGCCAGUUCAUUGACCACGACCUGGACUUCUCCCCAGAGUCCCCAGCCAGAGUGGCCUUCACUGCAGGCGUUGACUGUGAGAAGACCUGUGCCCAGCUGCCCCCCUGCUUUCCCAUCCAGAUACCGCCCAAUGACCCUCGCAUCAAGAACCAGCGCGACUGCAUCCCCUUCUUCCGCUCGGCACCCUCAUGCCCCCAAAACAGGAACAAAGUCCGAAACCAGCUCAAUGCCCUUACCUCCUUUGUGGACGCCAGCAUGGUGUAUGGCAGCGAGGUCUCCCUGGCCCUGCGGCUCCGCAACAGGACCAACUACCUGGGACUGCUGGCCAUCAAUCAGCGCUUCCAUGACAACGGCCGGGCCCUGCUGCCCUUUGACAACCUGCACGAAGACCCCUGUCUUCUCACCAACCGCUCUGCGCGCAUCCCCUGCUUCCUGGCCGGUGACACCCGAUCAAGCGAAACCCCAAAACUGGCGGCCAUGCAUACCCUCUUUGUGCGAGAGCACAACCGGCUGGCUACAGAGCUAAGAAUCCUGAAUCCCCGAUGGAGUGGAGACAAGCUGUACAAUGAGGCUCGGAAGAUCGUGGGGGCCAUGGUUCAGAUUAUCACCUACCGAGACUUUCUGCCCCUGGUUCUGGGCCAGGACCGGGCUAGAAGAACCCUGGGGCCCUACAAGGGGUACUGCCCCAACGUGGACCCACGUGUGGCCAAUGUCUUCACUCUGGCCUUCCGCUUCGGCCACACCAUGCUCCAGCCCUUCAUGUUCCGCCUGGACAGCCAGUACCGGGCCUCAGCACCCAACUCUCGUGUCCCGCUUAGCUCCGCCUUCUUUGCCAGCUGGCGAAUUGUGCAUGAAGGUGGCAUCGACCCCAUUCUCCGAGGCCUCAUGGCUACGCCUGCCAAACUGAACCGUCAGGACUCCAUGUUAGUGGAUGAGCUCCGAGACCGGCUGUUUCGGCAAGUGAGAAGGAUCGGGCUGGACCUGGCGGCUCUCAACAUGCAGCGCAGCCGGGACCAUGGCCUUCCAGGGUACAAUGCUUGGAGACGCUUCUGUGGGCUCUCCCAGCCUCGGAAUUUGGCACAGCUUAGCCAGGUGCUGAAAAACCGGGAUCUGGCAAGGAAGUUCCUGAACCUGUACGGGACACCUGACAAUAUUGACAUCUGGAUUGGGGCCAUCGCAGAGCCUCUUCUGCCGGGGGCCCGAGUCGGGCCUCUUCUGGCUUGCCUUUUUGAGAACCAGUUCAGAAGAGCCCGAGAUGGAGACAGGUUCUGGUGGCAGAAACGGGGUGUUUUCACCAAGAGGCAGCGCAGGGCCCUGAGGCAAGUUUCCUUGUCUCGAAUUGUGUGUGACAACUCCGGCAUCACCACCGUCUCGAGGGACAUCUUCAAGGCCAACAUCUACCCCCAAGACUUUGUGCACUGCAGCAGUCUCCCCAGGUUGAACCUGUCGGCCUGGCGAGGCACAUGAGGCUUCCACAGUUCUGUCUCCAUAGAAGUCUCUCCCCAGCCUCCAGCCCUUGGAGAAAGGGGAAGGGAAAGACCACGAGGCUGCCUGCCCACUGGAGCACCCAUCCUCUGCUGACGCUUUUGCUGCCGACUGCUCGGAGCUGGGCUCUUAGCAGCCUUGGAUACUAGGUUUUCAAUCAGCAACAGAUGCAAGGCCUUGUGAUUCAAGCCUUGAGGCUCAGGCAAGAAGUCAGCGGGAGGAUUUCCAGCCACUUUCUUGCCUCUCAGCCCUUCCUGACUUCCCUUCCCAUGCCAUGACUGGGACACCACAUGGUCCCAGCCUCUAGCCACCCACAGUCCUCUUCUGACCUGCAGGCUCUGCUUCUUCCAAUAAAGCUCUGCUCAGGGGAGGUGCUGCUGUUUCUGUGUCAGAUGGGGACGGUGUGGCCUGAGUCCACGGUUCACUCCAGACGUUUGCGAGGAGUGCUGCUAAGACACAGGCUAGCACCCACUUCUACGUACAAGAGUCCAAAGAAACACUCUGGGGCAGGGAAAGGCUGAAAGGGGAAGGGCAGAGGCAUUAGAAUACCUCAGCCAUUCCAGCAACCUGAGCAGAGAAACAGCCAACAGAACGUCAGUUGAUGUAAAAGGUUUUUAUGUACAAAACAAAACAAUAAAAGAUACAACCCAGCCAGCAGAAACAAUGUGCGCUGCACUCAGCCUUCAUUUAUUCUGGAAAUAAAUCGUAUCUCAGUCUCUCAGUGAGCCCUAAGCAGAACAAGGCUGGCCUAAAAAGAGGAGGCCGAGACAGAGAGGCCAGGGAUGUUCGCUCUCCCUCACCUUCUGCCAUUUUUUUUUUUUUGGGGGGGUUUUUGCUUU